GGACGCAUAAAUACAGAAGCACCAACACAUGACUGCAUUGACUAGCAGCUCGACAGGCUGUAUAAGAGAGUUACAACCAGGAAACUUUAAACCGCUGUUUAUAAUCCCAUCUCAUAAACCAGAGGAAUGGCCUGCAAAGAUUUGUUAAAUCUGAAAAGCCACAUUGAAAUUGACAGUGGAGUUGAUUCUGAUGACAUGGGCUUUGAUGAGAUGGACUGCUCUGAUUCUUUGGCCAUGAGUGGCAGUUGUGACCUGCACAAGGGACUCCGUAUCGAAAUCACCAAGGAGGUUCUGGGUAUGCGCUCCAUUAUUAACGUUGUAAUCGCUCUGCAGAGGCUGAAGCACACUGAAAGAGUUCAGUCCACAGAGUUCACUGGCCAGGAGUUCAAUAUUGCAGAGACAAAGGUGAAAGAUUUGAACUGCAGUGAAUCCAAGAGCUACAGCAGGCAGGAUAAGGUUGUGCAGUGCACUAUAUGUGACAAGUCUAAAAAGGCCUUGGUGCAGAUGGGGCCUUUUCUGCUGGCAGUUACCCUAAAGGGUGGAAAUGAGAAAACAUGGUUCAACCUCUCAGCCUACAAUCCACCAACCUGCAGGGACAACACAAAAGGCCAGGCUGUAUGUUUGGGGAUUGUAAAGAGCGACUUCUUUCUUUCAUGCACUUUGGAUAAUGGCACUCCUUCUCUGGUGAUAGAGGAGGUAAAAGACAAAAAGAGUCUGAAGGCGAUCAGGGAGAAUGAUGGCAUGGAACGCUUUCUGUUCUUGAGGAACAGCUCUGGUGACACCCUUAACACCUUUGAGUCGGUCCAAUACCCAGGCUGGUUCAUCACCACCUCCAAGGAUGAGUUUCAGCCUGUCCAAAUGUCUCAGCAGCAAACGAGUCACCUCCAGCUGUUCACACUGAAUGAUGAGAAAGAAGUCCCUCAGAUAGAAUCUCAUUCAGAAAAAACAGUUUUCAGAGUAUGUACUGAGUACAAAUGUUUAUCUGGAGACUCAUUUUAUGUUUAACUAUAUCUCAGCUUUUACGUUUCAUACAAUGUAUGGUUUUACUUAACUUUAAUUAACUUAUUUGAUUGACUUAGCAUUAUAAAGCUUGUAUUUAUCUCAAUACUCUAACUUAUUGUUUAAUUAUGAAGCCUAAUAAAAUAUAUUUAUUGUCAAA